AUGGCAACUGACUCGGAAUGUCCACCAUUGAAAGAAAAUGAAUUACGAUUAUAUAGUAUGCGUUUCUGUCCAUUUGUUCGACGAGCUAAACUUGUUUUAGCCGCGAAAAGUAUUCCAUAUGAAGAAGUGCUGAUCAAUCUUAAUGAUGAACCUGAAUGGUAUAAAAAAAAGAAUCCUUCUGAGGAAGUUCCAUUACUAGAAUGGAUCGAUUCUAAUUCAAAAGAGACUCGAUCAAUACCUCAAUCAUUGAUUAUUUGCAAUUAUCUUGAUGAGUUGCAUCCAGAACAUCUUCUUCACCCUGUCGAUCCAUAUGCCAAAGCUAAACAACAAAUACUCACUGACGAUUUCGGAAACGUUCGAACACCUUUUUACCAAUUAUUCUGGGGAAAAGACCAGAAACAUAUUGACGAGUUAAAUCAAGCUUUAGCUGCUUAUGAAGAAGAACUUCAUGGUACAUUUUUUGGUGGUGCUAAACCAGCAAUGGUCGAUUAUAUGAUAUGGCCAUGGUUUGAAUUGCUUCCAGCUUUAAAGAAUGUAGGUUUCGUCUUAAAUGCUGAUGGAAAACUACCAAAACUUGCUGCUUGGUUUCAAGCAAUGUUAGCCGAUGAAGCAGUUGCCAAAACUAAAGUGUCAGAUGAAAUCAUUCAAAAAUAUGUAAACAGUAUUCAAGAAGGCCAUACAAAUUAUGAUAUUGAAUAG